CUCUUCAAGUGAUCAAACAUGGCGGUGAGUGCAGGUUUUACGUGUAAGGAGGCAAGAUUUCGCGGGUUACCUUUUAAAUCCACAAUCAUCAGCGUUAUACGGCCAAAAACCCAUUGUUUUUAUAACCAGAUAUGAGUAGGUUAAUGUGCACUAUUGAAACAAAGUUGUAUUACGCACAAAAUAUGCGUCCUUGCUUUUAAUUGAAGCGUAAUUUGGGGAAAGUGACAUGGCUGUUGAAGUCGAGGUUUCUCCGAAUAGGUUUCUCAGUACUUUGUUACAGUUGACGCGACAUCGGAUGAACGUUAACAUGCGACCAGUGAAAAUAUGAACAUUCACGAAAUUGUACAAUUGACUGCAACAUUGUAAACAUGAUACCUUAGCAAGGUGGCUCGUAGCAGCCGACGAUAAGCCAUAUGAUAUGCACCGGCAUGUCCUGUUGGCAGGAAUCUGGUUAUUUAACCAGGAAGUUAAACACAUUGAAUCACGUUUUUGAAUAUAUUUGUCAGUGUAAACAUGUGUGGCUGCUUGGAAACGGCCUAAAGACCGCCAGUUGGGUAUCUGUUGACAUUGACCAGGAUUUAAUAGCUAGUUAAUAUCGACAUGUUGCUAUGUUGGCAACUAGCUAGCUAUCCAGCCUGGCUGCAUAGCGGACAACUGAUGUAGCUAGCGAAACAUACGAACGAAACCUAACUGUUACCCUCCCAGCCACCUAAUGCCAACGUUUGAUUUCAACAGGAACAGAGCGAGAAAAAGGAGAACCCCAUGCGUGAGCUUCGCAUCCGCAAGCUUUGUAUGAACAUCUGUGUUGGGGAGAGUGGUGACAGACUGACCCGUGCUGCUAAGGUGCUUGAGCAGCUCACAGGCCAGACCCCUGUCUUCUCCAAGGCCCGCUACACUGUGCGAUCGUUCGGCAUCCGCAGAAAUGAAAAGAUUGCUGUCCACUGUACCGUCCGUGGAGCUAAGGCUGAGGAGAUCCUGGAAAAGGGACUCAAGGUGCGUGAGUACGAGUUGAGGAAGAACAACUUCUCUGACACCGGCAACUUUGGCUUUGGCAUCCAGGAACACAUUGAUCUGGGAAUAAAGUACGACCCCAGCAUCGGUAUCUACGGACUGGACUUCUACGUCGUCCUGGGCAGACCCGGUUUCAGCAUUGCUGACAAGAAGCAGAAAACGGGCCGCAUUGGUUUCAGGCACCGCAUCCGCAAAGAGGAAGCCAUGCGCUGGUUCCAGCAGAAGUAUGACGGUAUCAUCCUCCCCGGGAAGUAAAGAACCAUCGUUGACCUUGUUUAUAACUAUAAUAAAAUGGAAAAAUACCCGUG